UUUCCCAACAAGGCAGAAGGAGUCCGCUGCGCGCGGCUCUUCCUUCGGUUUUCGCCGGCUAAGGCGGCCAUGGGGCCGCCGCUCGUCCUAGUCGCCCUGGGCUGGAUCGCGGUGCUGGCCCUUCCCUUGCACGGCUUCUCCUCGCCGCAAAAUGGAUCUUCUUCCACGAAUGACACUCGGGCAAGUCCAAGAUCCUUUCCCUUUAGAGUACAGGUAGAAGAAUAUGAAUCUAUUCCACCUUUUGAUAACGAUGCUGAAAACGAUUUGGAAAUUGGAUCAGGAUCUAGCAGUCAAAGCAGAACACGGAAACUUCCAAAAUAUGGUCUAGUGAGAGAUGUGGAACCCUACCUACUUAGUAAAUGGCUGACCCUUUUCGUUCCAGGAGUCUAUACUCUAGUUGCGUCCUUGAGUCUUCCUCUGAACAUCACAGCCAUUUUUCUGUUCUUGCUAAAAAUGAAGGUGAAGAAGCCAGCUGUAAUGUACAUGCUCAAUUUGGCUUUUGCAGAUGUACUUUUUGCAAGUGUGCUUCCAUUUAGGAUUGUCUAUCAUUUUUCUGGAAACCAUUGGCCUUUUGGACCUGCAAUGUGCCGCUUUGUCACUGCAACAUUUUACUGCAACAUGUACUGCUCCAUUCUGCUGAUGACAGUGAUCAGCAUCGAUCGUUUCUUGGCUGUGGUGUAUCCAAUGCAAUCUCUGUCCUGGCGCACCCUAAGGCGUGCCUCUGUGGUUUGUGUUGCCAUCUGGCUCGUAUCUAUUGCUGGAGUGGUUCCUUUGUUUAUCACUGAGCAAACAAGGAACAUACUUCCUCUAAACAUAACAACUUGUCAUGAUGUACUGAGUGAAGCUGAUCUCCAAAACUAUUAUCGUAUUUUUUUCACUAUUUUCUUUUCAUUUUUCUUUUUUGUGCCAUUAAUUGUUUGUAUUGUUUGUUAUGUCUGCAUCAUCUGGUGCCUUAGCUCUUCAAACAUCGCUGCAAAAGGUAAAAGGAAACGAGCUUUACUGUUGUCUGUGGCUGUUUUAUCCAUUUUUAUUAUAUGUUUUGGCCCAACAAAUGUUCUCUUGCUAGUUCAUUAUGUACGUUUUUCUUACAGCAAUUACACGGGGAAUAUAUAUUUUGCUUAUCUCCUCUGUGUCUGCAUUAGCAGUGUAAGUUGUUGUAUUGACCCUUUGAUCUAUUAUUAUGCCUCCUCUGAAUGUCAGCGUCAGUUGAGCAAUUUAUUACGUUGCAGAAAGGACUCUGAACUCUGCAGCCUUACCUCUGAUAAUCCUCUGGGGAGUAGAACAAGCCAAAGGGCUACUGGCACCAGUACAAUUGAUAACAGUCUCUAUCGAAAAUUACUAGCAUAGAAACAUGUUUUGGUUGUUUCUGGUAUAUCUGCCUCCAUUUUAAAAAAUAACUGCUGUGAGGAAUAUUCAGACAUGAACACCCUUUAUCAGUCUCUUUUAUUAAUAUAAAAUCUGUCACUGUAAGAAUUGCAGUAAAUGGAGAAAACUUUGGGAGACUGUAAGUAGUAUGUGUGUACCUACAUAUAUCUUCAUUUAAGGCAAAAAUGGAACACAAAUUUGUAAAAUGCUGUUAAACUUUAAUGAGAUCUUGUCUUUUCUAAGACCUAUUGUAGGAUUAUGUUGUUACAUUUUUACACAGAGGUUGGCUGUCCUGAGAGGUAUGGUAACACACAAUUCCUUUUUGUGUCCAAAUCAGUCUCUCCGAGAUGUGAGCCCAAAUGAUCCAGGGAAUCUGAUCAAGUAUGGUUUUUCUCCCACCACAUUAUAUUCUUCUGUGAGCAUAAGAAACAAUUUGAGAGGCAUACAGAUUAAUGAAAAAAAAAUUCACUAAGGGGAGCCAUGGAAUAAUUCUUUCUUUGUGAUUUCACAUAAUUUGAAAAAGAUCAAGCUAUUGUUUGCACAGCCCUGUUAUUUUAUGGGCAAAGUGCCCAUAAAUUACUUUGUAAUUUUUUGCUCUAUUAAUGCUGUACAAAUGUUUUAUAUUUUAUUUUUGAAAAUUGAAUUAUACUCAGUUAAUAAAUGUGCAAAUGGUC